AUGGGGCGAAAAACAGAGUACUGGUUAUUGAAAACAGAGCCAGGAGAGUGGUCAUGGGAGGACCAAGAAGCUAAUGGCGGCAUUUCAAAAUGGGAUGGAGUCAAAAACUAGCAAGCCCAGAAGUAUCUAAAGUCCAUGAACAUAGGAGAUCUCUGUUUCUUCUACCACUCUGGAUCCGAAGCCCGGCGUAUAGUUGGUGUUGUUUCAGUGACGCGUGAAUGGUACACAGAUGAUGAUGGUGGUGCGGUGGAUGUCAAGGCGGUUGGUGAGAUGAGGAGGGUUGUGGACCUUGCGGAGAUGAAAAAGGCUGAAGGGUUGAAGGGUUUUGUGCUUUUUAAACAGACUAGAUUGUCUGUUGUGCCGGUGGAAAAGGGGUUUUGGGAUAAGAUUUGUGAAAUUGGUGGGGGAUUUGAAUAAUUUUGUAUGUAAGGUGUUUGCGUUUUUGUUUAACAGAAAAGCUUA